AUGCGUCCCGCGCAAGACCCCGAGGUGGUCCGCAAGGCCAAGGAGCAGGACUGGUACAUUGAAUUUGACGACGUCAACCCGCAAGCACGAGAAAUUCUGGAAAGGUACAGCGGCAUCCCGCCCGGUGAUGUAGUUGAGCACGUCAAGGACAUUAGAGAGCGUGCCAUUUCAAUUUUUGCAUAUCCCUGCAUCGGCAUGGUCAAGUUCCUCGACAUUGAAGUCAGCAAGACCCCCUGCUACAGCGAAAUCCUCCAGCGCCUCACCUCCUCCGGCGCAACCUAUCUCGAGGUCGGCUGCUGCUUCGGCCAGGAGCUGCGGCAGCUGAUCCUCGACGGCGCGCCCCCGUCAUCCCUCCACGGCACCGAUCUCGACCUCGACUUUGCGUCCCUCGGCUACGCCCUGUUCCGGGACCGCGACCGCCUCCCUCCUUCGUCUUUCAUCGCCGCCGACAUUCUCGACCCGGAGUCUGCUCUGAACCAGCUCGUCGGAAAAGUCGACAUCAUCGGCGCGUCGCUCUUUUUUCAUCUGUUUGAUUAUGAGCAGGGCGUGGCGAUUGGCAAGAGGCUCGUGGGACUGCUGGCGCCGGGCGGGGCAAAGGGUCUGAUGACGGGCGGACAGGUCGGCGGCAAAGAGGGGUUUGAAAAGAAGAGCUGGCUUGGGCAGGACUUGUACGUGUACAGCGAGGAUAGCUGGCGGAGGCUGUGGGAUGAAGUUGGUGAGGCGACGGGGACGAGGUGGGAGGUGACGGUGCGGGAGGACAAGAUUGUACCGACGAGCGUGUUGGCGAGUAAUGGUCACUACUUUGUUAUGAGAUGGGUGGUCCGGCAGCUUCGAGGGCGAUGUGCGCGAAAUUAA